AUGCCGUCCAGACUCCCGAAGAGCCUGACGGCCCUUGACCUCUAUGCCAGCACUAAGGUUAUUGCUGCCCAUACCAAGAAAGCUCAAGAAUACAUCAUGAGCAACGAAUUCAAGGCCGCUGACCCCAUCACUGGGCUCACGUUGGCCAAGGAGGAGGAGGAGGCGACAGCUAAGCGUGUUGUAGCCACUACUUUCCCUUUCAAUGAUCUUCCUGCCAAGCUCCGCAGCAAGAUCAUUGAGAUGAGCAUUGACGAUCACUACUCCAGUGCUGGAUGCCGUGUCGGAUAG